AUGGGGACUCAGGCACCGGGCAGGAAGAGGAUCCCGGACCGGGACAAGCUGACCGCUGAGGACGAUGCUCUGAACCAGAUCGCCCGGGAGGCGGAGGCUCGGCUGGCGGCCAAGCGAGCGGCUCGGGCCGAAGCUCGACUGAUCCGCAUGAAAGAGCUGGAGAGACAACACAAGGAGCUGUUCCACAAGAAGUAUUAUGGUCUGGAUAAUAAGUGGGGCCACAUUGAGCAGUGGAUGGAGGACAGUGAGCGCUACUCCCGUCACCCCCGGAGACACACCUCGAUGUCAGAUGACGAGGAGAGAAUGUCUGUGGGGAGCAGAGGCAGCCUGAGGCCCUCAGACUACAGUGGAGGUUUUCUGGGUUCAGGAUCUCGAGCUUCAUCCAGAACCAGUUCAGCGAGAGCCAGUCCAGUGGUGGAGGAGAGGCCUGACAGAGACUUCCUGGAUAAAGGCUCGAGGACGGCGUCCACGCUGUCCGCCGCCACGCUGGCGUCGCUGGGCGGAGCCUCGUCCCGCAGAGGAAGCUGCGACACGUCCUUCUCCGUGGAGACGGAGGCGUCCAUCAGAGACAUGAAGGACUCGCUGGCGGAGGCGGAGGAGAGGUACCGGAGGGCGAUGCUGUCCAACGCUCAGCUGCACAACGAGAAGUCAGCUCUGAUGUUCCAGGUGGAGACGCUGAGGGAGGAGCUCAGCGACACGGAGGAGCUGCUGUGGGAGGCCCGUCGCCAUGGCAACGACAAGGCUAAGGACUGUGAGCGGCAGCGCCAGGCUCAUUCUGUUCUUCAGUUCCAGUUUAAAGAAAUAAAAGAAAACCUGAAACACACUGAAGAGCUGCUGACUGAGGUGUCGUCUCUAAGGCAACAGAGUGGACAGUACAGUGAGGAGGUGUCUGACCUGCAGGAGGCGCUGCAGUGGAAGGAGAAGAAGAUCGAGGCGUUGGAGAGGCAGAAGGAGAUCAGUGACAUCAUUCGGAUUGAGCGUGAUGGGCUCAAACAGGAAGUGGUGCGACUGCGAGAUUUACUCAAGAAACACGGAGUGAUUGUCGCCGCAGGCAACGGCGAGGCAGGACAGACAGAGGAUGAUGUCACUGCUGAGUCUGCGUCCCUAUUGGCUGAGGAGGAGUCACAUGAUGUCAGAGAGAGCGUGCUGGGAGCCGCGAUCAAUAAACGACCAUCGAUCAAUAAACGACCAUCGAUCAAUAACCCAGUGAUCAAUAACCCAGUGAUCAAUAACUCAUCAGUGAUCAAUAACCCAUCAGUGAUCAGUAACCCAUCAGUGAUCAAUAACCCAGUGAUCAAUAACCCAGUGAUCAAUAACUCAUCAGUGAUCAAUAACCCAUCAGUGAUCAUGAUCAAUAACCCAGUGAUCAAUAACCCAGUGAUCAGUAACCCAUCAGUGAUCAAUAACCCAGUGAUCAAUAACCCAGUGAUCAGUAACCCAUCAGUGAUCAGUAACCCAUCAGUGAUCAAUAACCCAGUGAUCAGUAACCCAUCAGUGAUCAAUAACCCAGUGAUCAGUAACCCAUCAGUGAUCAAUAACCCAGUGAUCAGUAACCCAUCAGUGAUCAAUAACCCAGUGAUCAGUAACCCAGUGAUCAAUAACCCAGUGAUCAGUAACCCAGUGAUCAGUAACCCAUCAGUGAUCAGUAACCCAUCAGUGAUCAAUAACCCAGUGAUCAAUAACCAAUCAGUGAUCAGUAACGACUUGCUGAUCGUCGUCCGUGGCGACGCAGACGACGAGGAAGGAAACACUCGAUCAAUAAUCAAUAAUCGAGUUCGUGUGAGGAAGUCGGCGGGCUGCAGGUCAAAGGUCAGGAGGCUGAUCGAUGAGGUCACACUGAUGGCGGCUCCAGAGGUGAUGAUGAUGAUGAUGAUGAUGAAGGAGUCAGCAGGAGGCGAGGAGGAGCAGGAGGAGGAGCAGAUGGACAGCUGUGAGGAGGACUGCCUCCACCCUGAGGACUGCCUCCACCCUGAGUACUACCUCCACCCUCAGGACUACCUCCACCCUCAGGACUACCUCCACCCUGAGGACUACCUCCACCCUCAGGACUACCUCCACCCUGAGUACUGCCUCGACCCUGAGGACUGCCUCCACCCUGAGUACUACCUCCACCCUCAGGACUGCCUGCACCCUGAGGACUGCCUCCACCCUCAGGACUGCCUCCACCCUGACGACUGCCUCCAGCCUGAGGACUGCCUCGACCCUGAGGACUACCUGCACCCUGAGGACUGCCUCCACCCUCAGUACUACCUCCACCCUCAGGACUGCCUCCACCCUCAGGACUACCUCCACCCUGAGGACUGCCUCCAACCUGAGGACUACCUCGACCCUGAGUACUGCCUCGACCCUGAGGACUACCUCCACCCUCAGGACUACCUCCAUCCUGAGGACUACCUCCAACCUCAGGACUACCUCCACCCUGAGGACUCCCUCCACCUUGAGGACUGCCUCCACCCUGAGACUGCCUCCACCCUGAGUACUACCUCCACCCUCAGGACUACCUCCACCCUCAGGACUACCUCCACCUUGAGGACUACCUCCACCUUGAAGACUACCUCUACCCUCAGGACUGCCUCCACCCUCAGGACUACCUGCACCCUGAGUACUACCUCCACCCUGAAGACUACCUCCACCCUGAGGACUGCCUCCACCCUCAGGACUGCAUCGACCCUGAGGACUACCUCCACCCUCAGGACUGCCUCCACCCUUAAGCUGCGGCUGAUGAAGGUGUUUGAAGACAGACAGAGUUUACAGGAUCAGGUGAGGCUGUUGAAGUCUCAGCUGGAUCAGAGACAGAAACUCGGAACAGACGGAGUCCAGAACCCAGAGGAUGAAGAUCUGGAGAACAGGACCAACUCUCAGCUCCUCCUGCUGCAGAGAGACGCCAACAGACAAAUCAGUGAGCUCAAGUUCAAACUGGUGAAGUCCGAACAGGAAGUGGCUGCUUUGGAACAGAAUGUGAUCCGUCUGGAAGGUCAGGUGACUCGAUACAAGUCAGCGUCAGAGAGCGCCGAAAAGAUGGAGGACGAGCUGAAGGUGGAGAAGAGAAGACUCCACCGAGAGCUGCGCUCGGCUCUGGACCGGAUCGAGGAGCUGGAUCUGAGUAACGCACAUCUGUCCAAACGUCUGGAGAAGAUGAAGGCCAACCGCAACGCCCUGCUGGCUCAGCAGUGA